UGGAAGCUGUAUUUUGGAUCAUGACUCUGGGUCAUGUGGGAGAAUCCAUGUUUGGAGGCCCAUAAUCCCGCAUCUGACUCUGGGUCAAAAUCUGCUCUUUGGAUCACUUUGGAUCCUUAUUUUAAAAUCAGAUAAGGCUCUGAUUCAGCCUGUUUCUAAAUCAGAGCACAGUGUUUGCACAGUGUUUCCAUGUGCUUCUGCUUCCCCGAGUAAUGACCCCCCACCCACUCUACCGACCAUUUCUUCUCUUGGCCAGAGAAUCUCCAGCCUUUCUCGCGUGGGUUUGCAGGUCUCCAGCCUUUCCUUUUUCUCCUCUCUUUUCUUCCGGCAAUUUUCUCCUUUUCCCGGUGGACUCCUCUUCGCAUCUAAGCAGCCAAACCCACGGCGGACUCCUCUUCUCGAGUUGAUGAGAAAUGCUUCAAGUAAAGGGGUGAUUGUGAGCAAUCGACGGAAGCUCCACAUUCAGUAUCAAUUUCGCCGAUACUACCAAAGUAAGGCCAUUUAUCGCCUUUGCCGGAGAGGAAACAGACGAGGAAUUUACAAAAGUCCUGCAUCCGUGUUUGGAUCUUUGCCGGCGGUGUCCUUUAUCUCCUCGUCGGACUCGAACACUGAAACGAUGCCUAAGAAAAACCCAGAUGAGAGGCCGUUGUAUUGGAGUCCUGCGGCAGAGGAGUUUCUACUUGAGCGACUAUACGAAUACAAUGACAUAAACCACGGGAAGCUCCCAGAUUCUCGUGACUACAACCAAUGGGCUGCUCGGAUGGCCACUUUUUUCGAUGGAUAUGUACCCGACGGUGAGCGGCUGAGGGAGAAACGCCGCCGACUUGGCAACCUUUACUCAGUGUAUAAAAUGCUGCAAAACCAUACUGGAGUAGGGUGAGAUCCUAUCAGUAAAACUUUUACAUGCUCGGAGGAACUGUGGGCAUCUCUUUACAAGAGACAUCGUGAAGUGAAAACAUUGUUCACAUACGGUUGGAAGCUUAAUGAGACGUACUUGGCGGCCGUUUUCCCUUCAAGAGUUAUGGCGUCUGGUUUAGGGGCAUAUCACCUUGUCGCCCAAGUAGAGCCAACGGAUGAUGUUGCUGCUGGGGAUGAACAACCACAACCUCACCAGAAUGCUCCUUACCAAAACAGUGAUGAUGAGGAGAUGCGUACCGAGCUUCGCAACCGCGUGGAAAGUUUUGGAAGGCGGACGAAAUCCAAUAUCGCCUCAUCAUCAUGAGUGAUAAGAAAGAAAUAGACAAGGGCACGCAAAUCCAAUGACAGUUUACGGGAGGAGCUACUUGAUUUGGUUAGGGACAUGCGCGACGAUUUGCGAGAGGACAUUCGUUCAAGUAAAGAGAGCUUGCCGAGUAACAACACUGUCAAUGGACCAAAUGAAAUGGAUAUCAUCAUAGUGUCACUCUCGGAAAUGGGAAUUGACCCGCGUACGUAUGCCCAUGCAUUUGAAAAAAUAAUGGCGUCCCCCACGUGGCGGUCAGCUUGGCAUAAACUGGAUGAACCCAUUAGGAGGGCCUUUUUAAACGACUUUGUUGAUGUGCCAAAAACCCCCUUUGCAUAUCAGGUGCCUAAUCCAUAUAGCCAGCCGCCUCAUAACUUCUCUCCCGGGCCAAAUCCAUACAACCAGCGGCCACAGUCCUUCCAUCAGCCAUCAAACCCCUAUAGUCAGCCCCCUAACCCAUUCCACCAGCCUCCACCACCCUUCAAUCCACCUAGCCCUUAAAUGUCUGGUGCGAUGUUUCUACUUAUAGAGUUAAGUUAUAUUAAAUGGUCGAUUUUCCCUUGAUAUUAGACCACGGAUUAGUGCUUAAUACCAUGUUGUCGCGUGUAAGCGAGAUUUCAAGAUUGUAUUCUACACUAUUGUUAGUGUACCGGUUUAUUUUCAUUUUUUGUUGUAUGAGACUGUAUUCUAUACUAUUGUAUGAGACUGUGUUGCUAAGUUAUAUUAAAUGGUCGAUUUUUUCUCUCA